CUGUGCGUGUGUGCCCACCGUGAAUUGCUCCAGCAUCCCUGCGCAGGCAGCAGGGAAAAUAUUGAUGUGUCGGGGGGAAAUAUAUAAAUAUAUAAUCAAAAAAGAUGUAACCGUGGCGUCCGAUUUCGCGGUCGGCUGUUUGCAAUGACGGACGGAGGAUAUGGGAGAGAGGAUUUUGUGCUGCGCCUCUUUGGAGGACGGACCGACGCGCUGAGAGAAAUAAUGCGGAAUAUUUCCUCACAUAGGUGUUAACGCAGAAAAUACAAGAUGAAGAAGCAGUUCAAUCGAAUGCGACAGCUCGCCAACCAAACGGUGGGAAGGGCAGAAAAAACAGAGGUGCUGAGUGACGAUCUUCUACAGGUGGAGAAGCGUCUGGAUCUGGUCAAGCAGGUGACACAUAGCACUCACAAGAAACUGACCGCCUGCCUGCAGGGUCAGCAGGGCACUGACACCGAGAAGAGAUCUGUUAAGUCACCUUCUAAAAAGCUUCCGCUCACAAUCUUGGCACAGUGCAUGGAGGAGGGAGCAGCGGUGUUGGGGGAUGACUCUCUCUUGGGAAAGAUGCUGAAGUUGUGUGGGGACACAGAAGACAAGCUGGCCCAAGAGCUGCUGCAGUUUGAGCUCGAAAUAGAAAGAGAUGUGGUGGAGCCUCUUUAUGUGCUUGCAGAGGUGGAUAUUCCCAACAUCCAGAAACAGAGAAAGCACUUAGCUAAACUUGUUUUGGACAUGGACUCAGCGCGAACAAGAUAUCAGCAGUCAUCUAAGUCAUCCAGCCAUCCAAGCACAAUGCAGCCCGGCGCCAAGUCCGAGUCCCUCAGAGAGGAGAUGGAGGAAACAGCCAAUAGGAUGGAGAUUUGUAGAGAUCAGCUGUCGGCAGAUAUGUACAAUUUUGUGGCCAAAGAAAUAGACUAUGCAAACUACUUCCAGACACUAAUAGAAACACAGGCAGAGUAUCACAGGAAGUCAUUAGAAAUUCUUCACAGUGUCCUGCCCCAGAUUAAAGCUCACCAAGAGGCGUGGGUGGAGAAGCCAUCAUUUGGCAAGUCUCUGGAGGAGCACCUGAAUAUUAGUGGGAGGGAGAUUGCAUUUCCCAUUGAGGCCUGUGUCACCAUGUUGUUAGAAUGUGGCAUGCAAGAGGAGGGCCUCUUCAGAGUGGCGCCAUCUGCCUCCAAGCUGAAGAAGCUGAAAGCUUCGCUGGACUGUGGAGUUCUUGACGUCCAGGAGUAUUCCUCUGAUCCGCACGCCAUCGCAGGGGCCCUGAAAUCAUACCUCCGUGAACUCCCUGAGCCACUAAUGACCACUGAACUUUAUGAUGAAUGGAUUCAGGCCUCCAACAUUCAAGAUAUGGACAAGAGACUGCAAGCCUUAAUGGCAGUAUGUGAAAAACUCCCCACAGACAACCUAAACAAUUUCAGAUAUCUUAUAAAAUUUUUAGCCAAGCUGAGUGAAUACCAGGACUCGAACAAAAUGACUCCUGGUAACAUGGCCAUUGUCCUCGGACCCAACUUGCUGUGGACUCAAACAGAACCGAACAUGACGGAGAUGAUGACCACUGUUUCUCUGCAGAUUGUUGGCAUCAUUGAGCCGAUUAUUCAGCAUGCUGAUUGGUUCUUCCCUGGAGAGAUCGAGUUCAAUCUGACAGGCUGCUAUGGGAGCCCGAUUCACACCAACCACAACUCCAACUACAGCUCCAUGCCCUCACCGGACAUGGAGCAGUCGGAACGCAAGCAGCAGCAGCACGACCAGAGCCGACGCCCACUGAGUGUUGCCACUGACAACAUGAUGCUGGAGUUUUACAAGAAAGACGGCAUUAGGAAGAUACAAAGUAUGGGCGUCAGAGUGAUGGAUACCUCCUGGGUGUCUCGCAAGGGUUCUUCCACGCUGACGCGCAAGACUUCUUCCACCCCUCCUGGCAUGCAAGGACCCGGCUCCCCCGCUGACACGCUCAUCCCCGAGCAACCCGGCGAGCUCGCCACCUCUCCCUCUGCCACGCCGCCGCUUGGAGAAAGGGUUUGCUCAGAGAACGUGUCGCUCAAUCGGCCAGACACCUCUUUUGCCCACCCAACCCCUGGGGAGGACCGGCCACCCCCUCCUUACCCUUCCUCCUCGUGCCACUCCAUCCCCCACCACUUUUAUCCCAAACCCCCACCUUGCGCUCGUCCUGUGGCACCAGGUCCCGAGUCCCAGCCCCCUGGCUCACCACCACCCCCAGUGCGCUGGUCUGGCUUCACUCCUCCCGCCCCGCCCCCUUCCUCCUCUUCUUCUUCCUCCUCCUCAUCACUCGACAUCAAUUCAAACCCCAAACCUAGCUGUCUGCACUUCCCCAAGCACAGUCCGCCAGGUGACUUGUCACAAGCCCCUCCGCUCGACACUAACGCUUCUCCACUCUAUGUCAAAACUCCCUUGCUACUAACCCGCCAUGACCAGGGUCACAGCAACCCCCCUAGCCUCCCUUCGUCCGCUCCCCCACCCCCGCCGUGGGCUGCCUGUCCAUGUGCCCGAGAGAGAGGACCCCCCAGGCUGACUAGUUCGCUAAAGAGUAAAGAGCUUUCCCCUGUGAUUGGGCACAAAGGCAUCCAGGUGGCAAGUCCAACAGUGCCCCCCAGCUGCAGCCCUCAGAGCAGCAGCCAGUCCCCCCACUCAACUGAGCACAGCCCUCACGCCCUGCGCAAAGGUUCCAAGAAGUUGGCCCCUGUGCCUCCCAAGGUCCCUUACGCCCAGACUGGAGGGAUGUCUGACCAGUCCACAGGUCAGCCAUCACCUGUAAGCCUGUCCCCUACACCUCCCAGCACCCCUUCCCCGUACGGACUGACCUGUCCUCCAGGGCAAGUACCGCCGUCCUCCCCUGGGCAGACUCCACUCGGGCCAACCCACUCGCUAUCAUCUCCGCCCUCCCUCUCUGGGACACUCACCAAGUCGCGGCCUGCCCCUAAACCUAGGCAGAGACCGAGCCUGCCCCCUCCUCAGCCACCCCCAGCGCCCCCGCCCCUGGCUCCAGUCCCUCAGCCUCUGGAGCAGGGCCUCCUGGAUGGACUGUCUCCUGGAGAGAGCAUGUCUACAGCUGUGUGAGGCCAGGGAUUCAGUGUGGGCUAAGUGUGAGGGGGACUUUUAGGCCUCAUCGAUGAGUUCAGCGGUGCCCCCUGCAGGAGGUCCCUGGCAGUGACAGACUCUCCAGAGGGGGACGCUGUGCCUGAGGAGGAGCCCCAGAGCACCAUUCUAUGACCUAUAACCCUGACGCAUCAUUUACCAGCGUCCCACUGGCUGUAUAUGCUUUGAACUGUCAACACCAAGGCCUGAUGGAAACACUGACUGGCCUCACCUAAAUGCCCACCUGAAACCAGAACAUGACCCUUUCCUCACAUCUGCUACAGGCUGCAAAGAAACUCAUCUUUCCCAGCUGCUUAUUUUACGUUUAUGUGACUACAAACAAAAUAAACAAACAAAAAAAAACACCAAAAUGCCAUAGUGGAUGAACUGUUGCCUUUAAAGAGAAAAGACUGGGAAAUAGAUAAGUAUUACAUCAAAAUAUAUUUUUUUCACUGAUUUAUUUUUUGCUUAUUUGCUUUACUUUGUAAUUUUGUUUUACGGUGCAAUGCUCUACGUUUCUCGAUCUUUUUGUAGUUAUUUUGUUUUGCCUUAUAAGAACAUGCAAUCAAAUUACAAUAUGACGUUCACAGGUUGUGCAAAUGAGUUGCUUUUGGGAGACUGGCAUGGUUUGGAGCAAAUCUCAUCCUCAGGUUGAAACACAGACAGAGUGGGAGCAGGGCUCACAGGGUAUUCUACUUUGCACACAUCAGAAACACACUGGGCCCUUUAAGGCAGGCUUUGCAUGCAGGAUGGAACAUUUAAGUCAGUUUUAAUAACGUCCCUUCAUUUUUACUCCACCUGAAAAAAUAGGUGUUUACACAUGUACAGGUAAAACUCACCUAAACUCACUCUACAUUGUACCAGCACAUAAUCAGAAGAAUGUUAUUGUAAUUUAAGCUUUUUCUACUUGCACCCGUUGUUCCGGUUGGAAGAAGCACCAUGUUUUUUUUGCAUGACAAACCGAUGUGAUUGAUCUGCUUCAGAUUCAGGGCUUCUGAGUGAUUUAGUUUUUUUUUUUCCUAAGUGUUAAUCUUAAAAUUUUGUUUCCCCCUGAGAGUAAAUCCUGACUCUCACGCCUGUUAGGAUGCUGCAGCUUGAUGAUGACGGAUGAAGGACUACACUGCCUUUAUGUUUGUGUGAUUCUCUCUCUUAACUUUGUUUCAAGUGCUUCAGGUUCAGUGACCUUUGACCCCUGAGUGUAAAUACAAAGACUGUACAUAGGUUUAUGUAUAUAAAAUUGAGAGGAAAAUUAUAUGUAAAAUGCAUAUCUGGAACAUAUAAUAAUAUUAAUAUAUGUGCUGAUAUUUAUCGUGUAGAAAAUGACAUGAUUAAAAUUUUGAUGUUAUAUUUUGUCCCUGCACACAAUGAACAGGUGUACUGUAGAUUCAUGUUUGGUUUUUUUCUUCACUUUUACGCCGUUUUACUAUGGUGCUGCAGCAGACAUGCAGAAUGUUCACUCUGCAGCAACUCAUCUGAGAUCUUCCAUCCUGUUCUAGCUCUUAACGAUCGACUCCAUCUAAAAAAAAAUCUAUCUUCAUUAAAAAACAUUACUCUCGAAAUACCCUAAUUAUUUUUUAAUUUUAAACCAAGACUAUUAUAAAGUGCCUUCCAGAAGUAUUACUACAUCUUGAACUUUUUCACUGCAGCAAACUUCACUAUGUUCUGUUGACCAAAACAUGGGAAUGCAUAACAAUGAAGGGGAAGAUGCAGAGACAUAAUUUGGGGGAUUUAUACGCCUGUUUUGUUUUUGUUUUUUUUAGAUUAGCUCAAUAUUAGGCAGAUUGGAUAGAGAGUCUGUUAACCUCAGUUUCCAAGUCUUACCAGUAUUUCUUAAGUCUAGAUCUUACUAAUACAUGAAUAUGUUUUUAUGUAAACCAUUCCGCUCUUUGUUUAGGGUUGGUAUACCACUGAAAGGGGAACGUUCACUCCAGUCACCAAUCUUUUGUAGCCUCUCACAGUUUUUAGCACCAUUCAUGUGCUCGUUAUCUCUGACCAGAUUCUCUACCCUGUUGAUAGAAAAGCAACCCCCACAGCAUGAUGCUGUUUAAACCAUAUUUUAUAGUGGGGUCUUAAUUUCCUGUCACACGUAGCAUUUUACAUGGAGGGAUUUAAUGAACUCUGACCUGAGAUUCUUCUUUCAUACCUUGCGUUUCCUUGUGUUUUGUGGUACAGUUCAGAAAAAAACAGUUUGACAAUCAUGCUGCUCUCCUAUGCCAGAUGUGAGGAAUGCAUCAUUCCUGUGAAUAAAUACUUUCACUUGAGCUGUGGAUCUCUGUUGCUCCUCCAGAGCUCCCAUGGGCCUCUAACCUGCUUCUCAAUGCUCUCCUUGGCUGCCUUGUCAUUUUUAGCGGAGGGCUAUAUAUUGUUAGAUUUGCAUUUGUGCCAUGUAAUAUUCUAAUGUCGUUCGUUUAGAAUAGCUGAACAACUUUAUCCCUGACAUUUCUUUCUGUUCCUUGAUCUUCAGGCGGCUGUUUUGUCAUUAAUGUUCUAUAACAAACCUUUGAGGCCUUCACGGAACAGCAGAUAGAUUUAUACUGAGAUUACAUCACUCACAGGAGGUCUCUUUUUUUGCAAAUAAAGUGACUUUGGAAGGCUGUUUGGUGCACUGGCUUUCACUUAGGUUAGAACUAGAGAAAUAUGAAAAAGGUUCCAAGGGUAUUAAUGCUACUGCAAGGCACUGGAGAAUUUUUAAAUUUAGCAGAUGGGAGAUGCAGCAGAAUCACUUUUCUAUGUAAUACUAACCAUCAUGGAGCAGUGAUGGUGUUAAUUAAAGCACAUUUACAGCGGUUACUGGUCCACCUUAGUCCAAAAAAAGCGCUCAAAAUUGCCUUUUUCCAAAUCUACUUUAAAGAAACCAUUGCACUCAUAGUAAAGCAUUUUUAAGGUGAAUCCAAAAACUAAGUUUAGUUUACUUACUCCCAAUAUGGGAUCUAUGGUAUGCCUCAGUGUGUGUGUGUUCUCAAUGGACUGACUAUCUCUAUAAAGAUUUUGGUGAUGUUGAUUAUCUUGAUAGUUGUGGUAACUUUAUGACAAUAAUUGCAAGUGCCCUCACUCUUUGUUACUUUUGAACAACAGGAAUAAUCAAUGUGUGUUAGAAGUUUUUAUUUUGUGUGCCGGAUCCAUAUGUUCAUGCACAGAGGCAAAAUUAUCUCUGAAUGUGACUGGUGCAGAUUUUUUAGUGGUAGACUGCUCUACAGGUUAAAUGAGUGUCAGGAUGGGAUGAAGCUAGUUCAGGACUGUUGGCAUGUGUUGUUAACAGAACAUGGCAGUAUUACUUCUAAUGCUUUUAGGCAUCACAACUGGAACUUACAGCCAAGCUGCAAGCAUGCACUCAAUUCAUUAUAGGUGUGAUAAUUAAGCUACAAACAAAACAAAACAACAACAA